AUGGACCCCGAAACCGGUGCCGACUCUGCUCCCCCUUCGUCUCCUCCUACCGUCUUCCAGCGCUUCAAGGCCAACUGGGGUGACUACGUAGCCGAGGCUAUUGGAGCCGGUACAAUCGUUCUCUUUGGGUCGGGUGCAAGCCUUCAGCUUCAGCUUUACGGCGCCGGCGAUGUGCUGACCGCUCACCUUGGGUGGGCCAUCGGUGUCGGCCUCGGUGCCUACGUAGCCGGACCCAUCAGUGGCGGCCACAUCAACCCGGCAGUCACCAUCGCUCAAGCCGUCUUCCGUCGCUUCCCUCUGAGGAAGGUGCCCGGCUACCUCCUCGCUCAGACUCUCGGAUGCUUCAUCGCCGCUUGGAUCAUCUACACCAACUACAGCGAGGCCAUCGACCACUUCGAGCCCAACGGUGGCCGCGCAGUCUUCGGCACCAACGCCACAGCAGGCAAUUUCAUCAGCAUCCCCGCUCCGGGCAUCUCUCUCUGGUCAGCCUUCCACGACGAGUUCCUCGGCACGGCUCUCCUCGUAGGCGGUAUCUUUGCCUUUACCAACCCAGCUCUGCCUGGCCACGCACUGGCCUUUGCCAUCUUCUUCUUGCUCCUCGCCAUCGCCAACGGUGUCGGUGCUCAGACUGGCGCGGCCAUCAAUCCGGCUAGGGACUUUGGACCUAGGCUAGCGCUCGCUACUCUGGGCUACCCAAUCAAGGACCUAUUUGGGCAUAACUCGGGCUACUGGCUCCACGGCAUCUGGGCAGCCAAUAUUCUUGGCGGCCUCGUCGGUGCAGGGCUGGUAGACCUCCUCCUCUACACUGGAGCCGAUUCUAUCUUCAAUCGCCCGCCUGAGCUCCCCUAG